CCCAAAAUUAAAACAUCAAUGUCGGCAUAAAGUGUGUCGGCUGGCAAUGGCAUAGCAGCAAUGCUGUCUGUCACUCACUCGUGAAUCUUCGCGAACGACCAAUCAGCAGCGCCAGCAAGCAAUAGAUGGAGGAGGGACUUUUUGAGUCAGUGACGUAAUUUCCCGUUCUUGAACGAGUCAGUGACGCAAUUUCCCGUUCACGACCGGGUGAGAGACUGUUGAAAGUACAAUACAGCGCUGGGCCUUUCGUGCGACCAUGCUCAAGAGCAGAAAGUCUCUCAGAAAAGGCAAUGUUCAAGGUUCUUUGGUCAGCUUAUAUUCAGUUGCACAUGCCGGUGUGGGCCGAGUUUGAUGGGUGAGUCUUUGGGGUGGGGCAAGUUCGCAGUAGAGUUUUAUUCAAUGGGAGUGGGUGCUGAUUAUGGGAGAUUCGGUGUGUGUGGGGGGGCUGCCGUCUUCCAUCCUGUCUUUCGGCCUUGGCGAUCAUCUUUGGCCGGGUUCUUGGCUGUCUCCCUCUGACACCUGCUGGUUUUAUCUCCAAGUAACCUUCCUGUAAGCAUUCUCCUCCAUUCUUGCACAUACACUGUCGCACCUUAUCCAUUCAUCAUUCUUUCAAUCUUGUCAUUUUGUACGGAAUUAUGUGAGCUUUUGGCUGUGACAUCAUCAAUUUAUUAAUGUUCCCUGACUAUGCAAAGUUUGUACUCACCACUUACCAUGUUUUUGUUUGUUUGUUCUUUUGAUACUCCAUGUACUUGCUUACGUCAUCAUAUUCUUAGUUUAAUCAUGCUUUCAACCAUAUCUUUUCUUUGUCAGGCAAAAUAUGUCCCUCUGUCCAGAACGUUCAGUAGUAAUCGAAAACUGGCGUCUAGCAUUAGUCAAAACAUAAGAUCCAAUCAAGUACUGAAAGUUUUUAGACAACUUUGGCAGUGUCCAUGAUUUAGAAAAUCAUCAGGCAUGCAUUAAACAGUUCCUUAAGGGGCAUUAAGCUAUUCAGGCAAUAUAUAAAAAAAACAUUAGUUAUUUCAAAGUGCUCAGAAAUAUAUCAAAUCAUACAGUUAUAAAAACCUUUGUCAUUACCACCUAUCAAAAAUGUCUAGUUGUGUCUUCUUUAUUGAUUUGGUGUGUAGGUAUAGAAUGUUUCUUUUAUUGAUUUAAUAUGUGAAUGUACUUGUCUGCUUAUGUACUUUAUUCAAUCAGGUUUGAGCAUAUCUGUUUUUGUAGCUAGGCAGGACUUUUUGUAUUUUGACCCCAUUCCUUCAAUAGUAUUAUACAAAAUGAACGUGCUCUCGUUGAACCCCGUUCUUGUCCAGUUUGGAGCUGUUCUGGUCAUAGUACUAUAUUUUUUGUUGAAGUUGGACACCUUGCAUUUGACCAUGUUCUCGUGCCGUUAACUUGUUCAACUGCAAUUUGGGUUAGGUUUCAGCAACCUCUUCCAUGCAGUCCACAUGAAGACCUCUGGACAAUUUAGAGUGUGCAACAAAGCUAUCGUGUGAGGAAAGCGGAGUGGCUGGGAAAAUCUCACUCCAGCACAAGGAGAACUGAACACAGAAAGGUGGAAGAGGAGCUCCGAACUCUGAACAACAGGACAGUGAGGCAAACGUGCUGAGCAGUGAACACUCCUCCAACUUGGUAGAAAAUGAGAAGUGAAAUAUGUGAAUGCCUCUCGAGUAUUUGGCGCGGCUCUUCGGUGACUGUGUGAGAUGAUGCCCCCACCUUGUGAAAGGACACAGCAAACCAUGUGCAGGAAGUGAACAGUUGGACAUGGUGGUUUGGGGGCGUGGCCAGGGGCGUGCAAAUGCAUCUUCCUGGAAUCCUCAGGAGUUGCCCUCUGCUCUCAGCCAGUUGAUAAGCUGCCUUGCACCAUCUGUCCGGGCCGUUACUCAGCGGCCGCGGAGUCAGACAGCGAGUCACACGAUUGGCUGCUAGGUGGUCCAGAUGAAGAAUGAGGCGUGGUCAAGCCAAUUGAUAAAGAGCAAGAGCCGGAGCCGAGUGAGCCCACAAGUGAGAGAAGAGGAAGACCUGCCAUGUUGCCGUGGCAACGCAGAGGACAUGACAUCAAAGGACAUGCAGUUUGACAAAAUGACAACAGAAUAUUCCCGGUGCUCCACUUCCAGCCCAGAGCCUCUUCCAAACGUUUAGCAUUCAUUUUGUUGUCAAUCGGUUGGUCCGGAGACAUCACCAAGUGCUUGAGAAAACAUUUUGUGGUCAGAAUGUCCCAGUUGGGAAAAGUGCUGCACCUGUACAUCGAGGUACGCUCUGCGGCUGAGGAAGAAGGAAGAGAGAUGGGAGAUGAUGCAAGGGGCCACCUGAUCCUUCAGUGUCCGGAUGUUUUCCCUCCUUCUCAAAGGAGCUCAGCCCUUUCCAGCCUCGACCCAAGCCCAGAUCAUUCCCCACGCAUCCGGCGCAGGGUGACGGGCAUACGGCACGGCUCGCCUCCCUCAAGCUCGUCCUCCAGACACUCGGUCAGCCCCCAACAGCCGGAUGCUGUGGAUUCCUCUGCUCACUUCCACCAGGAGGACACGUUUGAGGAUUUACUUCAGGUCCUUAGUACCAGUCAAGGACAUUGGCGCUCAGUAGCACCAGACGUCAACCCCUAUGUAAGGCGGAAGCUCAGUGACCCUCCGCCACUCUUUGGCCGCACGACCACGCCCUCGACCACGCCUUCAACCGCGCCUUUGACCGCGCCUUCGACGCCGACUUUUCACCGCCAAGCCCGAGGAUCAGGCGCUCAGGAGAUGAAGACAUCUAUGGUGACCUUCGGCUAUAUUGAGAAAGCCAAUGUUCAUAUGUCAGGCAGCCGAAGGGACUCCAGGCGGGAUGAGAACUUUCUGUCCAGCCACCUCAGGAAGCGACUGAGUGACCCGUUGGGAGCUCGCAGUCAGCUCAGACAGACUCAACCCUGCCCCGUUCACCAUCGCCCUUUGAGCAAACCCGACUCUUCUUUCCCACAUAGCGAUGUGCUCGCUCGAGACACCACCCACCACGCCUUGGAGGAGUUUGGCUCCCCGGAAUUGAGGCGGCGCUUUGUAGCUGGCGACAUUGACAGCUCCAACACAACGGUGCCGCGACCCCAGAGGUCGCCGACCUGCCGCUCGUGGGGGGGGUCCCCCAUCCUUCCCCACGGGACCUUCACUUUGCCGUCCGACGCUCAGCUUAGAGACCUUGACUGGAGCGUUAGUCACAAUGGGUUGCCGGGAAUCCCAGCGUCCGAUUGUCUCUGCGCCCGCGCUGGGUUCUCAUCCCACACAGCAGCUCGAAUGUUUGGGGGUCAUUCUCGCCCCCCUCUGCGGCUCCAGCAGUCAUCUUGGUCAGGGGACAAUUCCGGCAGAACUGGACGGGCUGCAGAUGGUCCAGGCGGCAGAGCGGGUCCCGUAAGCAGUGCCAGAAGCCCCUCCCCAUUUUCCCAUGCUGACGUUUUUGGGGGACGACACUCUCCCUCUCCAACGCCUUCCCAAACCGAGUCCUUGAGGUCACACAGUCCGAGUUUCGAAGAGUCGUUGCUUUCAAAUCCCCAGCUGCAUUCCAGUCUUUGUCAGGACCUCUCCUUGGAGCAAUUGCAGAAGAGCAAGGCCAACCCACAACGGCGGUCGGACAAAUCCAAACUUCAUCUCCAUCCACAAAGCAUCUCAGCUGGAUUGGGCUCAGCUGCGAUUUUGCACCCGCCCCAGGAGCGUCAUUCAAACACCAGUCAACCAGUUGGCCUUCCCUACCUGCUCCAUCACCACCAAGAACAGAGGCACGGUGAUGGCUCACACAGCUCCGAAGUCUCUACAAGACUCCCCUCCUGGCAAGCGGCUGCAGGCUCCUGGCAAGGCGCUGCGGCCUCCUGGCAAGCGGCCUCCUCCUCAACCUCCUCACAGCAGGGACUCGGGCGGACCAGACCGAACCAAUAUAAACUGCAAGUCUGUCAGGACAAGUCCAGAUGCUCCAAACUCAAAGAAGAGAGUUUCAGGAAGCGCUCAGAAGACAAGGAUUGCUGCACAGAGGUUGGCUCUUUGUCCGGGACUCAACAAGAAAAUUUGCAGGAUCUCAGCGAGGUUGCUCGGAGCUCCGGAGAGUUGACGGGAAUCUUGAGAGAAGGAAACGUGUUUCCGGAAAGCGGGUGGCGCUCCACCUGCGAUACGGGCUCCAGGAUCCAGUCAGGCGCAAGUUGGGCCGAGAGUUCGUCUUCAAGGUCACAGAAAAUCACCCAAGCCAAGUGGAACUUCCUGUUUGGAGCAGAGAGCUGGGAAGGCUGCACCAAAGUGGGCACUCCUCGUCCUGCCCCUGCCAAGCCAGCCGGUCGCAGUCCCGUCCAGGGUCAAAGGUCUUCACCGUGUCAGUUGGAGGCGGAAUCGCUUGCCUUCGACCGCCGAGGCUUGUCCUCCGAGACGGCUGCGGUACUGCGCGGCGUCAAAUACUCGAAGACGGAUCUUGACCACGUAUCACCGCGCUGCUACAAAGAAACCGACCUGGAUGAGGUGAUGCAGUUGGAGUCGGCUGAGGAGGAUCGGCCGAGGCGGUUGUACUGGAGUGAGGGGGGGACAACGGCAACCGAGGAGGACGCUGAUGAUGGCACGGUGGAGAGGCGGAAGGCCGCCCCUUGCCGCGACGGCACCUUCAGUAUGUUGCUGAAAGGGACAUCCAAGGCCAACGGCCCGGCAGUAGCGGCGGCCCGCCGGCCGUACGACGGCCACGUGGACUCUUUCAGUCGCCAUUUUGAAAGCAUCAUGGAGGGCCACCAAGCCAAAGGAACCUCCUACAGCAGCCUGGACAGCGUCGACCUUCUCACCUCGGGAUCCACGUCCGUCUUUGCCUUUGACCUGCCCACGCUCACCCCAGAAAUCCAGAGUCGGAUCUGCGAGAGUGCCAAGAACAUCAUCCAGCUGAGCCUCGCCCCUUUGCCGGCACCGGGCGUUGUCUCCUUGCGAGGAGGCUCCGAAGACGCUCCGACCUGGACCGAAGAGGCGCAAGAGCCGGGGCAGCGCUCCAUUCUCAAAGACAGCUUCCGCCAAGCCAGCUCGGCACCGGCGCCUCACUGCGCUGCUGGGGAGCCUGCAGCGACGGAGCGCUCGGCGUGUUGCCCCCGCAGCCACGACAGGGACUUGCUGGGAGACAGUGCCGAGGCCGAUCCGCAGGCUGCCAAAUGCCUGGCCCGGCGCCUCCAUCAGCUGCGAGGCUUCCGCAAGUCUGACGUGUCCUCGCACCUCAACAAGAAUAACGAGUUCAGUCGGAUGGUAGCAGAAGAAUAUCUCAGCAACUUUGACUUCCAGGGCCUCACCAUCGAGCAAGCCCUCAGAACCUUCCUGGGCAAGUUGACCCUGACUGGAGAAAGUCAGGAGCGAGAGCGUGUCCUGGCUCACUUUUCCAGAAGAUACGUCACCUGUAACGCACGCAGCCACGCCACCCAAGACGUCCACAUGCUGACUUGCGCCCUGAUCCUGUUGAAUGUGGAUCUCCACGGAAACAAUGUCGGCAAGAGGAUGUCCUGCGCUCAGUUCAUCUCCAACCUGCAAGGUCUGAACAAUGGAAAAGACUUUCCCAGAGAUAUGCUGAAGUCGUUGUACGCGUCCAUCAAGAACGACAAACUCCAGUGGACCAUCGACGACAAUGAGCUGCAAACGUCCACGUGGGACUUGGCCGACGGUCGGACGGACUCUGCCUCCCGCACCCUGAAGCGAGCAGGGAGGGGCGUGGCCCGUCGGCCCGACAGCCGCCUCUACAAGUGUGGCUUCCUGAUGCGCAAAGUCCACGCAGACGCGGACGGCAAGAGAACGGCGCGGGGCAAGCGAGGCUGGAAGUCCUUUUACGCCACGCUGAAGGGUGGCGUGCUGUACCUCCAGAAGGAGGAGUAUGGCGGCGAGCGCCACCUGACAGAGGACGAUGCCAAGAACGGUGUUUCGGUGCAUCACGCGCUGGCCAUGAGAGCCGCCGACUACGCAAAGCGGCCCAACGUCUUCUACCUGCGCACCGCUGACUGGAGGGUCUUCCUCAUGCAAGCACCGUCGUGCGAGGACAUGCGCUCGUGGAUCACCCGCAUCAACGUGGUGGCAGCCAUGUUUUCGGCUCCGCCCUUCCCGCCUGCUGUCGGCUUGCAAAAGCGCUUUGCUCGCCCCCUGCUGCCCGGAUCCACCACCACGCUGUCACAGGAAGAGCAGGCGGCGUCUCACGAAGCUCGCUUCCGGGCGGCAUCCUCUGAGCUGGACGAGCUGGCUGGCACCGCGCCGGCCCACAACGUUAAAGGUCGUGAGUUGGACGAGCGGAAAGCGCGACAAGAGUAUUUGGAAUUUGAGAAAACGCGUUACGGCACAUACGCAAUGCUGCUCCGCGCCAAGAUGUCCGCCGGCGACGAGGACUUUGCGACCUUCGAGGCGCGACUCUUUCAGGACGGCAGCCCGCAGAGGGCGCACUCGGGCCCCUCGCCGCCUCAGGAAGCGGGCGGCAAGGAGAAGACUCGCGUCAGCCCCACGCGUUUGCUCUGCGGCGGCGAAGAAAGCGAAACGAAGAACACGUCACCGCCGCACGCUUGCAAAUUGUCGCCCAGACAGGAAAGGGCCUGCAGCAAAGCAUCGUGAGAAAAAGGAGGAUACGGGGCGCCGUUGUCAUGGCGAUGGUAUAAAUCCACACCGUCACCAACGGAACGUGUACAUCAGCAUACGUGCAGAGCUUCCAGAUAUCUUUAUUGAUCAUCUUCAAACAAAUGUGAAUGUUGUGGUAGAUUGGAAUCGAGCACUCGGUGCUCGACUGUGUGGUCUGUCUGUAUUGAGAGUCGGGGAGAUGUUGACUGAGCGGGCAGUAAAAGAUCGACUUGUACUGCA